UCUUAGCCUCGUAUUCAAGCAUGGUUGUCAAAAUGGGAUUCGUUUGAAUAAGGGGAUCGCUCUCUAUGUACGAUUUGACUGCUAUUUUCUGAUGUGAAGGGUAGGCAAGAGUGCAAAACAUGAAUCUACUGCAAAACAAGUUUCUCUCCGGCUAUGCUGUCAAUAAAAUUAACUGGCAAGACUAUCAGAAUUUAUCAUGGGAUGACCAGUCCCAACUCCUCAACUGUACAAUUUUGCAUCCUCUGAAUAAAGCGCAGCCCGUGAAAAAGUCCUACCAAUAUGCAUUCCUAAAGAACUUUGUCAAAGCUCUCGAGGAAAACAAUGCAGAAGUCCACGAUGCCGUCUACGAACAACUGGGCCUGCUAUGCCAAGACAAGGAUGAUUCCGAUAAUUACGCCUUCAAGCACUACUGCAUUCCAAGCCAAAAGCAAAUGGUUACGCUCAAAGAGUCCAAGACAUUCAUAUCGGAAGGAACAACCGGACUUUGCAGCUGGCAGGCAUCCCUGGCCCUUUCGGAAUGGCUCCUGAAACAUAGCGAGAAGAUCGCCAACAAAAAGAUUCUGGAACUGGGAGCCGGAACUGGUCUUAGUGGAAUUGUGGCCGCCAAGUGCUGCAAGGCUAAGUUUGUUACCCUCUCAGAUGGUAGUCCGGCUGUUGUGAAUUUACUUCGUGAGAACUUAAGCCUGAAUUUCGACAAUGAGGAUUCCAACAUCGAAAGUCGUCUCCUGUUGUGGGAAGACGUCUCUGAGUCUGAUUUCAGCGAACACAACUUGCCGGAGGUGCUGCUGGGAGCUGAUAUUACCUACGAUAACUCAGUAUUUCCAGCCCUUGUUGGAGUUUUAGACAAGAUUUUUACAAUUACGGGAAACUCUUGCAAAUUGUUCUUGGCAGCAACGAUAAGGAAUGAAGCGACUUUCCGGGAAUUCCUGAGCUUCCUGGAAGCGAAAGGUUUCAGUGCGAAUGAGGAAACCUACGUAAGACCUUCAGAUGAUUUGGUUUGGGACGAGUCAACGCCUAUCAGGAUACUGUCGGUUACCAGGUAGCGAUCGAACGUGUUGAAGACUUCAAAAUGCGUUUUAGGACUAAGGCGGUUAAAAACACUAAGAAUAGAAAUAGUUCCUGAAAAUUAAUUAAUAAACACAAAACCGGUUGAGUGUUUAAA